AUGAUUCCACUUCGGCAGAUCGUUCGCAAUGGCGAUCGAGUGCGAUUGGGGUCGAAUAUUCCUCUUCGCUACUUCUCCGUUUCUCGCACCGUUGCCGUAGAGGGCGACGGUGAGCCUGCCCGAAGCUCCGUAUCGAACCGAAAGUCCACCGCAACUUCUCCCCCCAAGCCUCGCCCUUUGAACAAAGCCCCAGGAUCUGGACCGCAAAGCAGACCUCGUCCCGCCAAAGCCCUAGAUGCCAGAGCAUUUGCUGCGCCAAGAGCUGGUGGUGAGCAACCCAAGAUCAUUCGCAGCCCCCGGCUUCGGACCGCUCGAGGCGGAAACCAAGCCCAGGGCAAGGGCAAGCCAGCAGCCAAGAAAGACCGACGGAAACCUCGAACUAGAAUGUCAAGAAAGACGGAAACGGAUGAAGGCGAGGAUGUGAAUGCCGCUGCUAUCGAACAAAUUGAACAGGAGCAAGUGCUCAAGGCUCGACCGACACCGGUUCGCUACGAGCCCCAGGAGAUCGACUUCUCCACGCUCCAGCAGACCUGGCCAUCUCUUCCGACCGACACAAACGCUCGAUCGGCUGCAAUUCUGGAAAAAUUAUCCAAUCUCAGCGGUCGUUUCCCGAAUGGAUAUGUCCCUCCCUACGAACUGGGUCGGCGGAUCUGGAAGGGUCAAAAUGUUUUGUUCCACAGCGAGGCGGAAAAGGAGGAGGCAAUGGAAGAGGUCAAGCGAUUGGCUCAUGCUCGCGCGGACAAGAUCUCCCAGCAAAAGGGGGAUCUUGUGGAGCCUCGUAUCGUCGAGUUCAGUGCCAUUGACACACAAGAGUCCAAGGUCUUGCUUGAAACAUAUGCACAAGGGAAAUACCCCUCUGUGGAGGUUGUUCAGGGCCAACCGGCUAUCCUUGGCGAGGUAAUGAAGAAUCUCCGCAACAACGGGACAUACGAAACUGCAGGCAAGAGGCCGCAGUUCUUGGCCAAAGUCGAGUCCCUACUGGCCUCCAGUCGUGUCAAGCGUUGA